GCAGAAAUAUUCGGGAUCCAUCCAUCAGCUCCUACGCACUCCUGGACUGCGCGUCGCGAUCGCAUUACCGGCGUAUUUCAAACCGAGCCGCUCCCUACACGACUUCCGUCCUACCAUUCAAAACGAUGGCUUUCCCCGGCGGUGGUCAGAUGCCGUCGCAAAUACCGCAAGGCGAAACCCCCGGCGCUGCAGCAGCCGGCCUGGGACCUCCGGACCCUGAGAUGAAGGCCAUGACUAACUUCAUGGAGAACUGCUUCACUAAGAGCAUCAUGUCCGGAGUCAUGGGUUUCGGCAUGGGCGGAUUGUUCGGCAUGUUCAUGGCGUCUAUGUCCUACGACACCCCCUUCCACACGGCGACAACGGCGGGGCAGACGACGGUGACGCCGAUCGCGGACCUACCGCUGCGCCAGCAGCUCAAGGUGGGCUUCAAGGACAUGGGCGUGCGGUCGUACAGCAUGGCCAAGAACUUUGGCAAGGUGGGCGGGCUCUUCGCCGGCAUCGAGUGCGGCAUCGAGGGCCUGCGGGCCAAGAACGACAUCGCCAACGGCGUCGCGGCGGGGUGCCUGACGGGCGGCCUGCUGGCAAAGAACGCGGGGCCGCAGGCCGCGCUCGGCGGCUGCGUGGCCUUUGCGGCCUUUAGCGCCGCCAUCGACGCGUACAUGCGGCAGCCCAAGGACGAGUGAGAGCGGGCUCGGCCGUUUGGAUCUUUUUGUGUCUGAAUAGGGGGUCACGCAGGGUGGGUUGCGUGUGUGUGUGUGUGUGUGUGUGUGUGUGUGUGUG